UCCAGAGUGUUGUAUUGUGUAAAACUGCUUUUUAUGUCAUAUUUAGAAACCCCACAUUAAUUAACGUUGUAUGUUUGCACUUGCUAAGUGUCCCAUAGGGUUAGAUAUACUACAUAACUCAUUUGCGAUAGGCCUAUAUGGGAAAUACGUCAUGAAAGUAGUCAAGUGCAAACGUGCAAAGACCGCAAGUGGGUGUAUUUGAACGCAGCCAUAGUUGCAGCCUUAGGCGUCACGCACACGUUUCGUUAGCUAAGCGAGACUAUACACUUUAUAACAGUUUACAAACUUAGACAAGUUACUCGUUUUUAAAUCGUAAGUGCAAUCAAGUUUACAUUUCGAUUUGGAUAUGUUUUGUAAUUCCGCGUAGCAGAUAAAACGAACAUUUCCGGUUUCUUGAUAAUAUCCAGCCGGCAGAAGUCAGUGGUUGUAAGUAACGUCAACUGACGAUGGAGGACGAUUCGUUUUUAACACACAGUGAUGCAUAUCGACUGCUUGAGGUGUAUGACCAGCAGAAACAAAAGUCCAAAGUCAGACAUGUCUGUUAUACGUUAGGUGAUGAACGUUUCCGCGAUGUGGCUGAUAAACUGAGCCAGAUUGUAGAGAGCGGGUUUAUUGUUGGAGACGGACUUCAACAUGAUGGACUUCAACAUGAUGGACAGAGCGACUCAGAAGAUAUUGUAGAUAUGCUGGUUGAGUUACUGAAGAAAUCAGGGGAUGAGCUGAAUGAGAAGAUAAAGCUGAACCACGCGCUUUUAGGAUACCUGCAGGAUUCUUUCACAUACAGCAUGUUUGAAAAACUAACCACAACUUUCAUCAAGAGUGUGGUGCCAGAACAUCAGCAAAGUGUGAGAAACCGUGAGCAGAUUGCCUGGACGUUUGAGGUCACCAGCAGACUCAAGGCCCUGGACCUACACCCCAUGAACAGAGUCAUGGGAUUUGGAGCUAAGUACGUCAAGGACCACUUUACUCCCUGGGUUCAAGGGCACGGUGGCUGGGAGCAAGCCUUUGACGAUGAUGAGGACGAGGUCCAUUGAUGCAAGACUGCAUAAGCAUGCCAACAGAGGCUCACUGUUAAACAACUUUAGAUAGUUGUGUGGCAUGAUGUAAGGUUAAUUGAUUUUUUUAUAAAAAAUGUGAAAUUCAUGUGUAUAAAUUCUGUAGUUUGUUAUAGUUUA